UCAAGGCAAAGCUUGUAGUCGUUAGCGACUGCGCCUCAGAUAUAAAAGGCGGGUCGUAGGACUUACUGAUGCUGUGAGAGCCACACACCCCACACUUACACACAGGAACACACCACACGCCUCCACCUCACACUGUACCCGUCAUUCGCACGCUCACCCCCCGCCUGCCCAGAUGAGUUACCCGAUGGACUCUAUAGGGAGUCGGAGAAUGAUGGACUCCAGGACUACCUACGUCCGCUCCAGCGGCUCUCCCUCCAGCGGGUAUCGUUCCCAGUCCUGGUCCCGUGCAAGCCCCGGUUCCAGUGUAACGUAUAAGAGGACCGUCAGCACGCCGGUGGCCCGAACCUACAGCUCCGCUGUGCUCAGCUCUGCCGACAGCGUCGACUACGGCCAGACAUCAAUUCUAAACGGAGACUACAAGCGCACCAACGAGAAGGAACAGCUCCAAGGGCUCAACGACCGCUUCGCCGGUUACAUCGACAAGGUGCACUACCUGGAGCAGCAGAACAGGCAGAUUGAGGCAGAGAUUCAGGCACUGCGGCAGAGACAAGCGUCGCAAUCUAAACUUGGUGAUGUUUACGACCAGGAGCUGCAAGAACUGCGCGCCAUGCUGGAGCAGAUCCACCACGAAAAGGCGCAGAUUCAGCUGGACACGGAGCACAUCGAGGAAGACAUCCAGAGGCUUAGGGACCGCUUCGAUGAGGAAGCCCGUAUCAGGGAGGAGACGGAAGCCAUCAUCCGUGCACUGAAGAAGGACACGACAGACUCGACAUUAGUGAAGGCAGAGUUGGAGAAGAAAGUUCAGUCACUGCAGGAUGAAAUCGCUUUCAUUCGCAACAACCAUGAAGAAGAGGUGAAUGAGCUGCUCGCCCAAGUUCAAGAGUCGCAGAUCAGUAUGGAGAAGAGGGACUACCAGAAGACCGACCUCACUGAGGCGCUCCGGGAGAUCCGCUCACAGCUGGAAGGGCACUCUUCCCAAAAUCUACAGCAAGUAGAAGACUGGUUUAUGUGCAAGUUUUCCAAGCUGAACGAGGCGGCGGAACAAAACAAAGAUGCAAUCAAAUCCGCCCGGGAUGAGAUCGCAGACUACCGCCGUCAGCUCCAGUCCAAGACCAUCGAACUCGAGUCCGUUCGGGGAACGAAGGACUCACUUGAGAGACAACUCACUGACAUCGAGGACCGACACAACAGUGACAUGGCCAGCCUUCAGGAAACAAUCAAUCAACUGGACAAUGAAUUGAAGAGCACGAAAUGGGAAAUGGCUCGCCACCUGCGCGAGUACCAAGAUCUACUCAAUGUCAAGAUGGCUCUUGAUAUAGAGAUUGCUGCUUACAGGAAACUUCUAGAAGGGGAGGAGACACACUUCAGCACUUACCCUUACCGUCAGUCUGUCACCACCAAGAUCUCCAAGGUCAAAAGUGAGCCCCCCAAGCUUAAGGUGCAGCACAAGUUUGUGGAGGAAAUCAUUGAGGAGACCCGUGUUGAGGAUGAAAAGGCUGAAAUGGAUGAGGCUUUGGCCGAGAUAGCCAAUGAGCUGGCUGCUGCUCUAGGAGGAGACCAAGGCGGAGAGGAGGAUGAAGGUGAAGGAGAGGGUGAGGAAGGUGAUGAAGCUGGUGAAGAGGAGGGAGAGAAAGAGGAGGGAGAUGAGAAAGAGGAAGAGGCUGAGGCAGAGGAGGAGGAGGUGGUAGCCGCUAGUGAUGCUAAACUCAGCACAAGCGCUCCUGGUGAGGAAGAGGAAGAGGAAGAGGAAGGAGGAGAAAAAGAGGCUGGAGAUGAAGAGGAAGAAGGAGAGGGUGGUGAAGAGGAGAAAGAAGGCAAGGAAGGAGAGGGAGAAGGAGAGGCAGAGGGAGGAGAGGAGGAAGGAGAGAAGGGGGAUAAGGGAGAAGGAGGAGAGGAUGAGGCUCAGGAGGUGGAAGAGACCGUGCUGAGCACCAAGGCCCCAGAGUCAAAGGCCUCUCCAGAGAAAGAGAAGGCGGAAAGUGACAAAGAAGAGGAAAAAGCUGAAGAGGAAGAGGAGGAGGAAGAAGAGGCUGGUGAUGACAAAGCAAAAUCUGAUGCAGGAAGUGGUGACGAGAAGGAGACCAAAGCAGAGCCAGAGAAGGAGGCCGCCAAAGAUGAGAAGAAGAAGGAAGAGAAAUCUGAAGCACCUGCAACCAAGGCUGAAGCCCCAAAGACAGAGACCUCCAAGACUGCCACACCAGAGGCCCCAAAGAGUGAAUCUCCAAAAGCUGAAUCCCCAAAGACCCAGUCCCCAAAGAGUGAAUCUCCAAGAGCUGAGUCUCCAAAACCUGAAUCUCCAAAGGCUGAGUCCCCAAAGAGUGAGUCCCCAAAACCUGAAGCUGUGAAGAGUGAGCCGACCAAGGCACAAGCUCCAAAGGCCCCCAAGACUGAGAGCCCCAAGAAAGAGGAGCCCAAAGCUGCAGAAUCACCCAAGAAGGAGGAGAAGAAAGCUGAGCCCCCAAAAGAGGAGGCCCCCAAAGCUGCCCCCGAGAAAGUAGAGAAGAAGAGUGAACCUGAGCCAGCAGAGAAGAAGGAUGAAAAGAAAGAAGCUGAAAAGGGCAAGAAGGAAGAGGAGAAGGAGCCUGCUGAGAAGGAGGUGAUCUCCAACGGCGUGGAGGAGGAGAGCCCAUCCAAAGAUGACCCCAGCCAGAAGGUGAUCAUCACUCAAACCGUGGAGACAAUCACCACCGGAGAGGACGGAGCCAAGCAUGUCACAAAGUCAGUGACUGUCACGGAGACCGUCAAGGAGGUGGAGGAAGUGGUCCAGGAGAAGAUGGUCUCCACCAAGAAGGUGGAGAAGCACUCCUCCCAGGCUGUCAAGCAGGUCACCGAGGCCGAGUGAACACCCUCAAACAUGUUGAGACAGGAAGCGAAGGUGAAGAUGAAGCAAUCACGAAAAAUACAACAAUCGACAAAAACUAACAUAACAAAGAAACCAUAACAAAUUAGAAAGAUGUAUUCAUGCUAAUCACUCAAACAGAUUAAAUCAAGACAAUGCAGCAUUAGAGAGAAGCCAUAAGAUGCGUCCAAGCUAAAAAACCUCAAAAACAUGCAUGUUGAGAGAGAGCUUUCAAUGGGCUUCGCUGCAGAUGGAGAGGGCUGAGCGGGGGUAAUCUCUCUGUCUUUGUUUCUUUCUUUUCCUUCAUUCUCUCUCUGCAGAACAUGGGCGGGGUAAUGGGGUAUUUGGUGUCUGCAUGCUAGUUCAGGAAAGGAGCAAUACUCUCCCACUGCUUGGGGUAGAUUUACAGUGAGUGUGUGAGAGUGUGAACAUGUGUGUGUGUGUGUGUGGGUGUGUGUGCACCUGUGUAUGGCAUAAGGAAUACAUGUUAUGCGUACUGAGAGUAUGGAUGGGAGAGUGAGAGUGACAAAAAGUACUUGAAGUCAAAAGAAGUUUAUUUGGUUUAAGUGAACAGGGACCGUAGGGGUAAAACUGAAGUAGCCUUACAAUUCACGGGAGGAUAACAACUGAGCCAAAAAUGAAGACAACACAACACAUUUACUGAAAAGAAUGACAUUGGAACGACAAACCCAUGACCAUACAUAUACAGUACCUAAAGCAACUAAGAAACUCCUAGCCUUAAACAUGCUUUUUACUGUUGUCUAUUAUGUUUACCUAACCAGUGCAAUUGAAAAAUAAUAAAAAUGCGCACACAUACAUUCUUGUAUGCCUAGAAAGGACUUGAAUUUAAAUACUGAAUAUAAAAUGAGGUGCUACUGUUUGCAAUCCCAUGUCUUUAGUCAUCAUGAUGAAUUUCUCAGCAGCAUUUGCUCAAUAAAUGUCAUAUUAAAAGGC